AAAUCCUGGCUUUGAGACCUUGCAUGUGUGUGAUUGAUUCAGCAAUCCGAGAUGGCCGUUACAAAGAGGAUUUGCUCCGGGUCACCCAGGCAGGAGCAUGUGGACAUCCUGUUGUAGCUGGUUUUGCUUAGAACCCACCGCCACAGUGGAAGAAAACGUCAGCUCCUGGCGCCAGGCCUACACAAACUUGGGCUACAGCCAAUCCUUGACCUCUCCCGAACAUAUGUGCAAGGCCUGCGGAGGCCAAUUCGACACCAUCGCUAGGAAGCAUGUCUGCGUGGACUGCAAGAAGAACUUCUGCGGCCACUGCUCGGUGCAGCUGGAGCCGCCACGCCCGCGCCUCUGCCACACAUGUCAGCACUUUCACGGAACCCUAUUCGACCGCGCCCAGUUGAUGCGGCUCAAGGUGCGGGAGCUGCGCGACUACCUCCACCUGCAUGAGGUGCCCACCCAGACGUGUCGGGAAAAGGAGGAGCUGGUUGAGCUGGUCUUGGGCCAGCAGACCCCUAGCACCAGCACCAGCAGUGAGACCGUGUCCUCCCAGCCCAGGGCUCACAACAACGUCCCUUCCCCAGGCACACCAUCCCCUCCCCAGACACAGGGCCCUAUCAGCCCCGACACAUUGAGCCCAGAGCAGCCAGAACAAUCAGCCCCCGAGGCAGAGUCAGAGUCAGAGCAGAUAUCUGAUGACGAGGAGGAGGAGGAGGAGGAUGAAGAAGAGGAGGACGAGGGUGAAGAGUCAUCCGACAACAAGGAGACCCUGAUCCCCGGCCGCAGGGCCUCUCUGUCUGACCUGAGCUGCGUUGAGGACAUCGAGGGCCUGAGUGUGCGCCAGCUGAAGGAGAUCUUGGCCCGCAACUUUGUCAACUACAAGGGCUGCUGCGAGAAGUGGGAGCUGAUGGAGAGGGUCACCCGCCUCUACAACAACCAGAAGGACCUCCAGAACCAAGUUUCAAAUACAACAAGUAAAGAAGACCCUGCGGCUCCCAAGAGCCAGGAGGAGAACCUCUGUCGGAUCUGCAUGGACUCACCCAUUGACUGUGUUCUGCUGGAGUGCGGCCACAUGGUCACCUGCAGCAAGUGCAGCAAACGCAUGAGCGAGUGCCCCAUCUGUAGGCAGUACGUGAGCCCUUUCCACCGCCUGGGCCAGCAGAUGCAGGACCUCUUGGGCGAUGGCGGGAUCAAGAAGGAAGUGGUCCAACCUGGAGAAGGCCCACCAGUGCCAAGAGAUUCAUCUGUGUCAAUUAAUUUCUCAGGAUUUCUGGAGUACUCUGACCGACCGUUUGAGACCACCAGCUACCUGAAGUACCCUCGAAUGAUGAAGCUUGGAAGAGACGUGACUCUAUGUGGCCUGGAGCUGGGUAUUCUGACCAUGAGGAAGGGAGAGUUCUCUCGUUUUCUCUUCCUGCCUGCGUAUGCAUAUGGAGAGAUGGGCUGCCCUCCACUCAUCCCUCCUGUAGCCACUGUGCUCUACGAGGUGCAGGUCCUCGAUUUCCUUGACUCAGCCCAAGUGGAUGAGUUCUUCGCAAUGAGUUCGGAGGAGCAGAACACUGUUCCUCUGUCCACGCUCUUCAAUGUGGUCGACACAGAGCGCAGCUUUGGCAACCGCUGCUUCAACCAGAGUCGCUUCGAGGAUGCCAAAGAUCGCUACAAACAGGCGGUGACUCUGCUGGGGAAUCGGGAGAUGGAGGACAAGGAGGAGAAGAGGAGCAUCGCAGCGGUGCAGCUGCCCAUCUACCUCAACCUGUCCCUGACCCAACUCCGCCUGGACAGGCCCCUGAAAGCCCUGGAGUACGGCCACAAGGCCAUGGAGAUUGACCCCACCAACACCAAGGCCCUGUUCCGCUGUGGUCAGGCCUAUUUGGAGUUGUUUGACUAUGAGAAAGCCCAGGAUUACCUCACGAUGGCUCAGGCCAACAAACCAUUCGACAUCGACAUCAACAAUCUCUUGAGGAAGCUUGCCAUAUGCUACAAGGACUAUUUGGACAAAGAGAAAGAGCUGUGCUUCAAGAUGUGUGCAGACUUUGUGAAAAAGUGAUGGUGAUGGUGUAAGGAGAACUUAAAGUCAACACCGAAGACUCACACAAGCCUUACUACAUUAUGUAAAUAUAUUCACUUUGAUUUCAAGAGUUUCUGUUCAUUAUAUACCAACAUUUACAAAGCUAUUCUGUAUACUAAAUCCAACUGCAGUUGGGACACAGUGAAAUGUCUUAAUAAUGAAAAAUGUGUUUGUGUUCAUCUUGUUACAAUAUUUUCAAGGGCCAUUGUUGUUUAUUGAGAUAUAUUCACGAAGUAAAGCCUCUCCAAAACAUACCAUUGUCUUGUCUGAAUAAACAUAUUCUCCAGUGAUUCAA